UAUGUAUAUUUGUACAAUUAAAGAUAAAUUGUUUAUGAUUGUUGAUAUAAUCAUUAUGCCAAAUACAAAUUCUUUUUUAAACAAUAGUCAUGUGAAUGUAAAUAAAAGUUCAGAAAGACAAUAUGAAAUUGUUUCUAAAUCCUUACAAGUUAUUGAUUCCAUUCUUUCUAUGGAUGAUACAAUAUUAAGAAGUAUUGAAGAUGAUGAAGCAUUAGUAAGUCCUGAGAUGCAUGAAAAAACUUUGGACAAUUUCACACACGAAUGGAGAGAUACGUGUGAAAGUAAUGAAAAAUUGGAAGUUUCUGAUAAAAGUAAAAAUAAUGUUCAAAUUGAAGCUAAGGAAGAAAAUACUUUAAGUAUUCUUCAUGGCAUAUCUCCUGAAGCAAACAAUCAUUGGCUAGAUAAUACAUUUUUGAAUGAAGUUUUCACACAAUUAGAAUCAUCUAAUAAAGAAAAUGAUGCUAUGGAACAUUGUAUUCAAGUUGCCACUGGAACAUUUGAGAAUUAUAGUGGAGAAUCAGCCUUCAUGGAAAAUAUACAUACAUCAAAUAAGGAACAUCAGAAUGUAAAGUUAUUGAAAAGAAAUUUAAUUCAAUAUAAUAAUGUAAUUCCAAGUAAAGUACAUUGUUCAAAUGAUAAGAAAAUAAACAGAUGGAGUAUAGAUAUGUAUCAUUCAACCUCAAUAAAGGAUGAUACAUUUUAUGGUUUACCAAAUACAGUAAAGAAACUGUUUUCACAAAUUAGGGGUAUUAAUACGUUAUAUCAGUGGCAAGAUGAAUGUUUAAGUUUAGAUGCAAUAAGAAAUAGAAAAAAUUUAAUUUAUGCACUUCCUACAAGUGGAGGUAAAACACUGGUUGCAGAAAUAUUGAUGCUGAAGGAAAUUAUAUGUAAUAAAAGAAAUGCAAUAUUUAUAUUACCAUUUGUUGCUAUAGUACAAGAAAAGGUUCAAUCAAUGGCACCAUUUGCAUUGGAAUUAGAUUUCUUAAUCGAGGAAUAUGCUGCAUCAAAAGGAGUUUAUCCUCCAAAAAAACGUCGUAAAAAGAAGAGUAUAUACAUGUGUACAAUAGAAAAGGCAUUGGGUCUAAUAAAUAGUUUAAUAGAAGAAAAACGUUUUAAUGAAAUUGGUACUAUAAUUGUUGAUGAAUUACAUUUACUUGGUGAAAGUGGAGGAAGAGGUGCUACACUAGAAGUUAUUUUAACAAAAACAUUGUAUGUUAAUGAAAAUAUUCAUAUUGUUGGAAUGAGUGCAACAAUAGGUAAUUUGAAUGAAAUAGCAGAAUUCUUAAAUGCAGAUGUGUAUACUAAAAAUUUUCGUCCAGUUGAAAUUAAAGAAUAUGUUAAAUGCGAGGACAAUAUUUGGUUAUUUGAUCCUACAGCAGAAGAAAUAUUAACAGAUGUGAAGAAAAUUAAUUAUCGUUAUUCAAGUGAUGCAGCAUUCAUAGAUCCAGAUAGACUUGGUGGUUUAGUAAUGGAUGUAAUUCCACAAGAUUCAUGUCUUAUAUUUUGUUCAAGUCGGAAAAAUUGCGAAAACGUUGCACUGUUAUUAACUAGAAUUUUAUUCAAAUCAUUGGAAAUCCAUAAGAAAGAUGAGAAACAAAAUUUAUUGAAUGCACUUAAAAGUGAAGAAGGUCUUUGUCCUAUCUUACAGAAAACCAUAACAUUUGGUGUAGCUUAUCAUCAUUCUGGUCUUACAACUGAAGAAAGACGAUUAUUGGAAGAUGCUUUUAAAGUAGGAACACUUUGUGUAAUAUGUUGUACAUCAACACUAGCAGCCGGAGUAAAUUUACCAGCUAGAAGGGUAAUACUAAGAUGUCCAUAUGUUGGUAACCAGUUUGUAAACCUAAGUAGGUAUAAGCAAAUGAUUGGGAGAGCUGGACGUACGGGUAUGAGAAACAUAGGAGAAAGUAUACUUAUCUGUAAAAAAGAUGAGUUAUCUAAAGUAAAAGAACUUCUGGAAUCUAAGAUGGAUGAUUGUUUAAGCACAUUACACGUGAAUAAAGACAGAGGCAUGAAUAACUUAAUUUUAAGCGCCUUAUUGUCUUCUAUGGCAACAACUCGAUCUGAAUUACAUAAAAUUUCAAAAAAAACAUUACUUAAUAUUCAACAAAAGCGUUUAGAUGUAAAUAUUAAACACAUUGUGGACACAACAAUAACUGAAUUUUUGAAAAGUGGUGUAAUGAAAAUAAAAGAUACUAGUCGAAAUAUUGAUGAGUUUAAACCGAAUUUAAGCGUUGUUAUUCCUUCACAAAUUACAAAUUCUAAUGAUGCAGUUAUAGAAAAAAAAGAAAAAAAAUUAAUAAAAAUUAGAAAUGAAACUAAACUAGAAUUAUGCAGUUUAGGACGCGCAGCUAUGAAAGGUUGCAUCGAUAUGCAGUGUGCAUAUACAUUAUAUGAAGAUUUAAAAAAAACUCAGGAACAUUUAAUUCUUGUUGAUUAUUUACAUCUGUUAUAUCUUGUUACGCCAUAUGAUAUAACAUCUCAGAUAAAAAUAGUGGGACCUGUUUAUUAUGACGUGGUAAUCAAUCUAUCAGAGACACAAAUGAAAACGGCAAGACUUCUUGGAAUUAAUGAAGUAACUAUAAGUAAAAUACGCGAUGGUAUAAUACCUAAAAAGGUGGAACUAAGAGUGGUUCAACGAUUUUACGUAACGUUAAUAUUAUACGAACUAUGGACUCAGCAUGAAGUGUAUGCUAUAGCAGAAAAAUUUCAAGUAAACAGAGGUGUUGUACAAAAUCUGUUAAAUGCAGUAUCAUCAUUUGCAUUUUCUGUGGUUCGAUUUUGUCAGGAAUUAAACGAAUUUUGGGCAUUUCAAGAUUUAUUAAAUACAUUUAGUAAAAAGUUAUCAUACUGUUGUCCCUUGGAAUUAGAAGCAUUAAUGGACUUACCAUCAGUAAAAAUUGGUAGAGCACGUCAGUUGUAUAAUGCAGGUUUUAAAACAGUACAAUGUAUAGCUAAAGUACAGCCAAAGGAUUUGCAAGACAAAAUUCAAUAUUUAAGUAAAAAAGUUGCUACACAAAUUAUCGAAGCUGCUAAAAUGAUUAUAUUGGAAAAGGUAGAAAAUCUGAGAGAUGAAACAGAGGACAUUCUAGAUGGUAUAAAUAUGAAUAAUUUAAAGAGAAUUUAAAUCGUGUGAUUUUCAAAUAUAUAAAAUGAAAAAACGGGACAUAUUA